AUGGUCCUGUAUAAUUUCUGGAUUAUGGACGCAUGUGUCAGUGUGUUGGUACUUUUUAGCGCAAUUUACGGCGAAAGAAUGCGAAGAAAUGGACAUGUUCAGUCGGCGAACGCUUCAAAGAUCAUGGAAGAUACAUCAACAGAAAGUGAAGGAAUUUCAUCGCUGGGAAAUUCGAAGAAAAAAGCAACAGAACUGAGAUUGCCUCUGUACUUACUGCUUAACUUUUCUUAUUUUGCUUCCAUGGGGCUGACUGUUGUCGUUCUACAAUAUUACCCUUCGGUUAUGAUCAUUUUGCAACACUUCGCCGUAUUCAGCUUUAUAAUAAUCGCCUUCGCCCAGUGGCUCCCUUUAAAGAUGGGAUACCUGGUCGGAACUAUUUUCGGCGUCCUUUGGCUACUUUCAGUACAAACUGAAUUCCGCUGGAUUUUCAACAACUUGAUCAUUGCUAUGUUUGCAUUUCUGGCUAGUCACGUCCAAUUCCGGAAUUUCGCCUUUUUGCAAAUCUUUCUUUGGACAGCGCUGGUGUAUGAUGUCUGCCUUCUCGCUCGGAUGAACGAUUCUCCUCAGGUCUUGAGCGUUGGUGAAUGUGGCAAUCUACUGUGCCAGUUAUUCGAAAUGAACAGCUCAUGGGAACUGCCCUCUGUGUUCACCGUUCGCUUCGGUGAAAAUCAAACUCAUGUUUUUCUGGGAACAGGUGACAUUAUAAUAGGAUCUAUCGUGGCUAAUUUCGCCAUGUCGUUCUUCAAGUCGGCUAGAUGCCUACUUGGAGUGGUAGCCAGUUAUGCGAUAGCUAUUGCGAUGUUGAGUCAAGUAGAGGACGACCGCCCGUAUCCUGCGCUGAUUUCGAUUGUCCCGAUGUGCUCUUUUUCUCUUGUUGGUUGUGCGAUUGCUUGCAGGAAAACAAAACGGUUAUUCUCCAUGUCUAACAAAGAGAACAGUGAACUUCGCGAGGACGACUUCCUAAUAAUUUGA